GAGCAGCAUCUUUACUAUUUUCGUAUAAGUACAUGUUUACACAAGUGCUUUUAUUUGAUUAGUACUGAGUGUUAGGUGUUGUGCUUUUACGUUGAAAGGUCGUCAUGUUGUGCACUUCUGCUCAGAGAGAUAAAUAGUUCAGAAGAGACAUAGUCCACUUGACUCCUGUUGAUUUCAGCAGGUUUUCUGAUCCUCAGUCAUGAACCCAGAUCUUCAUCCAGAUCUCACCAUCGUCCUGCUUGGAAAAGCAGGAGUUGGUAAAAGUGCUUCAGGAAACACCAUCCUGGGACGACCAGCGUUUCAGUCAGAGACUGCCUUCACAUCAGUUACGGAAGAAAUCUCUGAACAAAAAGGAAAUGUCCUCGGGAAACAGAUCUCAGUGGUCGACACUCCGGGAAUAUUAGACAGCAAAGACAAAGAGGAGAAGAUCAAAAAGCGGUGUCAGGAGCUUCUGCAGUCGUCCAGACGUUGUCUGUUUCUGGUGGUGCUCAGUGUUGGACGGUUCACAAAGGAGGACCAGGAGGCUGUGACGGAUGAGAGUCCUCGGGCCCCGGGGGUUGAAAAAGAGUUACCUGCUCUUCACCGGUGGUGAUGCUCUAAAAGGAAAGUCACUGGAUGAUUUUAUCUUUCAAAAUAAAGAUAAAGAUAAAGUUCCGCUUCCAGAUGUUGUUAAAAAGUUUGCGGGGGCGUAUCACCUCUUCGACAAUGAGGAUGACGAUGAAGAACAAAUCAGAGAGUUGCUGCUGAAGUCUACCAAACAUCUACCAAACCAGCAACAACCUGAUCCACCAGCUGAUGUUUCCAGAGACAGGAGGAUCGUGCUGUUUGGUCUACCUGGAGCUGGAAAAAGUGCAUCAGGAAACACCAUCUUAAAAUCUGAAAAGUUCAAAUCAGCCGGUAGUUUUGAUUCAGUCAGUAGAGAGACGGUCUCUAGAUCAGCAGUGAUGGAGGGUCGUAAGGUCACAGUGGUCGACACGCCAGGAUUCACUGAUGAAGUUCUGACUCCUGAACAGCUGUACCUGGAAAUCAUGAAGCCGAUAGUGAAGGCCAAUCCAGGACCACAUGCUUUAGUCAUUGUGGUCAGAAUAGGCAGAAUCACCAAAGCAGACGUCACACUGUUUGAGCUACUUCUUAAACUGUUUGGCCUAGGAGCUUGUAGGUACUCCAUGGUGCUUUUCACUCAUGGAGAUGAGCUAAAAGACAAGAGCAUUGAGGAUGAGAUAAAGUCCAACAAACUUGUGUCAGAACUGGUCUCCAUGUGUGGUGGUAGAUACUGUGUGUUUCACAACAGAGGCAAAAGAAACAGAGAGCAGGUUAGAAACCUCCUGAAUCAAAUAGAUGAGAUGGUCACAGCGAAUGGUGGAAAACACUACACCAAUGAAAUGUUCAAGAUGGCCGAGACGUUCUUGAGGGAAGAAAGGAACCGGUCAGGCGGUGACAAAGAUCACAAAGGUCACAGAGAUGACAAAAAUCACAAAGGUCACAAAGAUGACAAAUAUGUCAAAGAUGACAAAGAUGACGAUGAUGACGAUGAUGACGAUGAUGACGAUGAGGAGGAUGCAUGGAAAAGAAUUAUACGCUUUUUAUUGAUUGGAGCAGGUGUAGGCCUUUGUGUAGGAGCAUUGAUAGCGGUAGGAGCAGGAGCAGCAGUAUGUGCAGGAGCAGCAAAAGGAGCAGCAGUAGGAGCUGUAGUAGGAGGACUACUAGGAGCAGCAGUAUGA